ACAAAUUCUCUAGAAAAAAAGUUUAAUUUGAAAUUCUUAUUCUUACAAAAAGGGGAGAUUAUAUUACUUGAUUGAUUCUUAACCAUAAUAAGAGGAGAAGGUAACUUAUAAUGUCUACUUAUACUAAUGCAAAUGGUCAACAUCAACUGUUAAAUGUGAAUAGUACUGUAACUACUGCUUCUCAACCAAGCGCACCUGUUUCAGGUAACAACAAUAGCAACUAUAAUAGUUCUAACAAUACCAACACUACUACAUCCAAUACUAUUAACAUCAAUAAUACAAAUAAUAUUGGAAAUAGAGGGAAUAAUUUGGCGGGAAAUAAUGGUAAUAUAGUACCACAAGGGCACCCAAAUUCAAUUGAUAGGAGACAACCAAAGCAAAGAUUUGGAUGGGUAAGAAGAUUAAUGCAACUGCCAAACAAGCCAUCUCCUCAACAUACUUGGAAUUCUACAGCCGAAUCGGGUUCGAAUUCUAAACCAAGACGCCCUCAUCAUAAUAUCAAUUCCAAUAAAGGACAAUCUAGUAAUAUACCUAAUCCAGAUACGACACUUAGUAGUCAUGAUACAUAUUAUCCCAGUAAUUCCAAUGGUAAUAGUUAUAAUACAAAUUUGGAUAAUAGGCAUUUAAGAGUAGAUGCUAACGCGGAAUCAGGAUCAUUUGUAUCUCUUGAUAGUACUAGUACUUCAGGAAGUAAUGGCAUGGCUUAUAGAGGACUUAGUGAUCAAGUAUCUGAUAAUAUUAGUACUAUUCCAUUAAAAUCUAUAACUUCAGGUCAAUCUACUAAAGCGCCAUCUAUUCUUAGUGGUAAUAUUCAUGAUGAAAGUUCAAUUGAUGCUUCGACUGCUCAAACAUCUUUGGCACCUAGUAAUUCAACUUCUAAUGGUGCAUCUUUUACACCUAUUAUGAAUAAUAAUCAUCAUCAUAAUCAUAAUAAUACUGUAGUUAUUGUUCCUCCUACAAGUGCAAGUACACUGCAACAACUCAGUCCCAAUAUUGAUAGAGAUAGUGAAUCGAUAGUUACAUUGGCAAGUUCUUCUAGAAGAAUUAGAAGAAGAAGUAUUGAUACUAAUUGUAGUACGAAUGGUAUUCCACCCGCUUCAAUUAUGGAAAGAUUAACUGUACAUCCAACUACUGCCAAUAGUUUAUAUGCAGUGAGUAUUCGAACAAAUGAUCGAGCUAGUCAAGUUGAUGCUUCACUUUAUGAUUCAACUGAUCAAACUAGUUCAUUAAGAAGUGAACAUAAUGUAAUUGAGGUUUAGGCUUAGGUUAAAUAAUUUUUUUAUGGUUUCUUUUUCUUUUUCUUUUUCUAGUAAGUAGUAUGUAAUUUAAUUAUACAUGUACAUACAUUACAUA